AUGACUGCUGAGAACUGCACUGUGUUUACUGACUUCAUAUUCUUAGGACUUUCCGGGAGACAAGAUGUGCAGCAGGGGCUCUUCCUGCUCUCCCUGCUGGUUUAUGGUAUAACUGUGGUUGCCAAUGUCGGGAUGGUUCUGCUGAUCAAGAUGGACCCCAGACUGCACACACCCAUGUAUUAUUUCCUGAGCAAUCUGUCCUUCUGUGACAUCUGCUAUUCUUCUACUGUCUGUCCCAAGAUGCUGGCUGAUUUCCUAUCUGAGCAAAAAAGAAUUCCAUAUGAGGUAUGUGCCAUCCAGAUGUACUUUUUUGGAGCCUUUGCAGAUGUGGAAUGUCUCAUGUUGGCUGUCAUGGCUUAUGACCGUUAUGUGGCCAUUUGCAAUGCACUUCUUUAUACAGUUUCCAUGUCCAGAAGACUCUGUUCCCAGCUAAUAUCUGUUGUCUACCUGGAAGGUUUGGUAGAUUCAGCAAUCCACACCUGUUGUACAUUUCGAUUAUCAUUUUGCAGUUCCAAUGUCAUCAAUCACUUUUUCUGUGACUUCCCGGCCUUGCUAGCCCUCUCCUCCUCAGAUACAUCCAUCAAUGAGAUAAUGCUGUUCAUAUCCAGUAGUUGUGUUGUGGGGACCAGCAUUAUCACUGUCCUCCUCUCCUACAGCUACAUCAUAACAACCAUCCUUAGGAUGAACUCGGCUGAGGGGAGACGCAAAGCUUUCUCUACCUGUGCUUCCCACUUAACCGCUGUGGCUAUAUUUCAUGGCACACUCUUGUUCAUGUAUUUCAGACCCAGCUCCAGUUACUCCAUGGACACGGACAAAAUGGUCUCUAUCUUUUACACAGUUGUCAUCCCCAUGUUAAACCCACUGAUCUAUAGCUUAAGGAAUAAGGAUGUAAAAGGUGCCCUAAAAAAAGCAAUCAACACUAAAUUAUGUUCUGGGUGAUAUAGUACUUUCAUCCUAAAGUAUUUAAAGAUUCUAAGAGAAGCAGUGCAGGAACUUUGACAUAGAUUCUUGUAGUCUUACUAGUACAGUUUCUGAAUAUUUUCCACUACUUACACUUUCACCUAAAUCAGUUUAGGGAACAGUCGUUACACUAAACUCUCCAAACUAAGGAAGAGUAGUAAUAGGAUCACUCUUCUGUUUUGCAGAGAGGGUUUUUUUUACACCUCUUUUUUCUUUUCUUGGAGAAGUCUCAGCGAGAUGUCAUGCACAGAGCAACCCCCACCCAUGUUAAUUUUACUUACCUUCCUAAAGGCUCCUAUUUAUUUAUUUAUUCUAACAAUAGGCUUAAUAAACUUGCUGAGUCAGAUGAGAGUGUUAGUGGGUCAAAAUAGGUUUGUUUAUAUCCUUUUCAUGUAUUUAUUUCACC